AUGGGUAGAGGAAGAGUGGAGCUGAAGAGGAUAGAGAACAAAAUAAAUAGGCAGGUAACAUUUGCAAAGAGAAGGAAUGGGCUGCUCAAGAAAGCUUAUGAGCUCUCAGUACUCUGUGAUGCUGAAGUGGCCCUUAUCGUCUUCUCUAACCGUGGAAAGCUCUACGAGUUCUGUAGCAGCUCCAACAUGCUCAAGACACUGGAGAGGUACCAAAAAUGCAGCUAUGGUACACUUGAAGUCAGCACUUCAGCCAGAGAGAUUGAGGUAGCUUAA